AUGGCCACUUUUUCGAGCAAGAACAAGGAGAUGAUGGUGUCGAUGAUCGCCGCCGUCGCCGUUUUGGCAGUUUUGGCUCCCACGAUGGUUUCGGCGAAACAAUACGUGGUUGGUGAUGACAAGGGCUGGACCAAGGAUUUUGAUUACACCACUUGGACCGCCGGCAAGCAAUUCUUCGUCGGUGACUCUCUAGUUUUCAACUACGCACAAGGGGGCCACAACGUGUUCAAAGUCAACGGCACAGAUUUCAUGCAGUGCUCCAAGCCACUCGUUGGCGCUCCACUUACCACUGGCAGCGACGAGAUUCCGCUCAAAACCACGGGGAGGAAAUGGUACAUCUGUGGAGUCGCCGGCCACUGCGCCUCCGGUCAGAAGCUGGUAAUCACCGUCUCCGACGGAUCUGCGGCUCCGGCACCGACGCCGACCUCGCCAUCAACCGGCGCCGUCUCUAGGAGCAUCAUCAAUGCUGGGUUUGCUGCUGCCAUGGUCGUCGUAGGCUUUUUCGGGGUGGUCAUGUUCUGA